AUGUUCACUCCUCCUACAGAUCCAAAAAAACCAGCAAAAGUCAAGGUUUCACAACUUUGUGAGCUCUGCCAUGCCAGAAAGGCAGUAAUGAGGAGACCAAAAAAUCUACAGAAAAUCUGCAAAGAAUGUUUCUUCCUUGUAUUUGAGACUGAAAUCCAUAAUACUAUUGUCUCGAACAAUUUAUUUCAGAAAGGUGAACGUAUAGCUGUUGGGGCUUCUGGAGGUAAAGAUUCCACAGUUUUAGCGUACGUAUUAAAACUUUUAAAUGAGCGCUACAAUUAUGGAGUGGAAAUUGUUCUUUUGAGUAUAGAUGAAGGUAUUGUAGGGUAUCGAGACGACUCUUUAGCCACUGUGAAGAGGAAUCAAAUACAGUAUAAUUUACCUUUGGAAAUUGUCUCCUACAAGGAACUUUAUGAUUGGACCAUGGAUGAAAUUGUAGCAUGUGCUGGUAUUAGAAAUAGCUGUACUUACUGUGGGGUAUUUCGAAGACAAGCACUAGAUAGAGGCGCAGAAAAGCUAAAUAUUCAUCAUGUGGUGACAGGACACAACGCUGAUGAUAUGGCGGAAACUGUUCUAAUGAACAUAUUACGUGGUGAUGUCGCUAGAUUAGAGAAAUCCACUGCAAUUAUCACUCAAAGUGCGGGUUCGCCAAUCAAAAGAUCUAAGCCAUUCAAGUACUCAUAUCAAAAGGAAAUUGUUCUUUACGCACACUACAAAAAGCUAGACUACUUUUCGACGGAAUGUUCAUAUGCGCCAGAAGCAUUUAGAGGUACAGCAAGAGAACUUAUGAAGAAUUUGGAAGCCAUAAGACCAAGCUGCAUAAUAGAUAUAAUACACAGUGGAGAAACCCUAAAGCUCAAACCAAAGAAGGUGAAAAGAGCUCCGCCUCCUAAACACAUAGAGGUACGGUCCGAUGGCUCCGUAUCACUACAAAAUGAGUUUAUAGAUGGCAACAGGUGUGAAAGGUGCGGUUAUUUAUCAAGCAAUAGGAUCUGCAAGGCCUGUAUGCUUUUAGAAGGCCUAGCACAAAAUAGAGCAAAGCUCGAGCUUGAAAAUUAUGCCGAACUUAGUAGUGGUGCCGCAAAGCUUACUAGAACUCUGGAAAAACUAAGCUUCUAA